UCACACACACUCUGCACUUCAUACACACACUGACUCAUUGUCUCCGCUGCCAGCAGGAAGUCUGCUGCACCAGCUGCAAGUCUGAGCGGAAAAAGAGGCAUCUUUAUGACUGUUCUUGAAUCUGACCGACACAGUCCAACUUGAACACACAGCCUCUGGACAAAACUAUCAUGAGAGUCUUCUGCCCGUUCUUCAUGCUGCUUCUGUUUAGUGCAAGACUUACCCCAUCAUGGGCACAAUACCAGUACCAGAGUUUGAUGAACUAUUUAGAAAACAGAAUGUUGGCCAUGGAGGAGCGAAUUUCACUGUGGCAUGAGCAAACCAGUCGUUACAAUUCAGAGUUGAAGGAAUUCCGACAGCAGGCAACUGAUCUGAUGGACCGGCUAGGCAAGGACCAUGUGAAACUGAAGCUGGAUCUAGAUGGGGCAGGGGUCCGUGUGGAGCGAGUGGAGCGAGAGAUGGACUACAUCGAGACCCAGAACCCUCCAAAGCCUUGCACCAAGGCAGAGGACAAAAUGAUAGAACAAGGAGGAACGGCGAAACCUAAUAGGAAGGAAGAGGAACUCCUUCCAGGGACAGGUUGUGCGGACGUUGUGUCUAGCAUCAGAGCCAUGAAGAUUCUAAAGCGUAUUGGCAAUCCAAAGGGCGUGUGGACAAGAGAUUCUGUCACAGCAAAGGUUUACAUUUUCAGCGGCACUGAAGGCGACACAGUCAGUGAGUUCAGCUUGGUGAGUGCACUCUCAUCCUCCCCUUCCAGCUCUCGUUCUAUAAGUCUACCCACCUUCUGGAAUGGAACGGGAAACACUGUGCACAAUAACCACAUAUACUACGUGAGUGAGGACUCGGAGGUGCAAAUAAUGAAAUUUGAACUACGCAAUGGCUCCUUGGUGGAUAGUGCUGUGUUCCCAGUAGAUGACAGGAGCCCUGUUUACGCACUGAACCCAGAGACAGUGGUGGAUCUUGUGGCGGAUGAGGAAGGCUUGUGGGCUCUGUAUGGGUCGAAGGACAAUAUCAACCUAGCCAAGAUGGAUGCAGACACACUAGACACGGAACAGAUGUGGGACACAGGCUGUCCAAGGGAGAACGCUGAGUCAGCAUUUGUGGUUUGUGGCACGGUGUAUGUUGUCUACAACACCAGACCGCCAAGUCGCUCUCGAAUCCAGUGUGUGUUCGAUGUGAAUGACAUGGUGACAAGUGGAGAGGCUCCGUUGUUGUACUUCCCACGCAGGUAUGGUGCACACUCCAGCCUCAAGUACAAUGCCAAGGAGAGGCAGUUGUAUGCUUGGGAUGAUGGAUAUCAGAUUCUUUACAAGUUGACCUUGAAGCCAAAGCUUUGGGUCUAACCUUUGGCAUCCAGAUUUCUCAGCCGUAUGUACAUUUGCAAUCAAGACCUUGUGUCGUGUACUUAUUCCUCUUACUAUACGUUUUACUUAUGUUUACUACUACUAAGCAGCAUUUCGACAAUGGAAUUCUUGUAGUUAUUUGUGUCUGGCUGUAAGGCCAUAUAAGAGUACUUUUAAUGAUUGGUCAUUAUGUGAAUAAUUAAAACAAUACAAACUCAUUACAAUGUACAUUUUCUA